GGCCGCUUCCUCCGGCGGCGGCGCGGGGAGCCCGGCAUGCGGCAGGCUCCCCAAGGUGUGUUCCAGGAGGAGCUGGAGUGGUGCAUUUCACAAGUGGAGGCAGAGCUCCAUCUCACUCCACACCCCAACUAGCAGAAGAGACCCAACACACUUUCAAGGUCCUGCACUCCCCUGAGACUCCUCUCGCAGAUAAGCAACAAGUGAUGAGCAAUGAGUUUGGGGAUUGUGAUUGUCAUCUCAAGAUGAAUGAGGGUCAGAAGAGCAUGGAGAAAGGCAUGACCCCUGAUGUUGUGGAAGUACAGCCAAGCAAAGGGCAGGCUGCAGAUUGUGUGAAACAGUCUGACCCCAGCCCUGAGGCAAAGCCAGAGUUGUUCACGUCAUCUGGCAGCAGCUUCCAAUUCGAUUUUACACUUUCCAAGACCGACCCAGAAGCUGACGCUGGUGACAGUGGUGCUGAGCAGGUACAAAGCAAUGCCAGAGCCACCAAGCAGGAGAACUGCAAUGGUCCCUUGAGGUUUGCUGCCUCUGGACAAGAACCCAAGUUUGCUUUCAACUUUGCCAUCCCAGAUGAAGACUGUCCUCAUCUUCAGUUACUUCCAGCGAGCCAACAUACAGAGGACACAGCAGAUUCUUCACUGCCUGCUCAAUCAGCAGCUCUGCCACAGGCUGCAGCCUUGCAGAAGCCUGAAGUCACUCAAAUGACAGGGAAUGCACCCAAAGAGGAUAGAAAUGUCACAUCAAAGAUCCCCCAAACAGAGACAACGCCUGCAGAUGAGGCAGUGACAGAGAAAUCAACAGGUGGGGGAGCUGCCCAGAAGAAGAAAAAGAAGAAACAAAAAGCAUCUGUCAGUAAAAACAAAACAGAAGAAACUGAGACCAGGAGGAAGGCAAAGGCAAAAGCUAACAGCUGUCAAAAUACAGAUACUUCCCAUCAGGAUGAGAAGACCUCUCAGCAGUCAGAUGAGCAGCUGUGGAAAGAGGUGGACUGGUGUGUGAGCCAGCUGGAGCUCGGCUUGAAGACACAGAAACCCACUCCAAAGCAGGCUGAGGAGGCUCUCAGGGCAAUCAGGACGCUGCGCAGUGACAAGGCUCCACUGGUGAAGAAGCGUCAGCUCAUGAGAGCCAUGUUUGGAGACUACAGGAAGAAGAUGCAGGACGAGCUGUGCAGAGAGCUGAAGCAUAUGGAAACAGCUGCACAGUCUGCCAGGAUCGUGGAGUUGAAGGGAAGCAUCCACAAGAAUGGCCAGUUCAUCCGGAAGUGCUUGGGAGCUUGCAGGAAAGGCCAAGGUUCAGAGGGACACAGGACACUUAACACAGGCUUAUUCAGUUUCACAACUCCCCAAGAAUUUCACUUUAAUUUCUUCUAGAAAAGUCACUUUGACUAAAACUGUGCCAGAUCUGUAAAGUGAAGAACGGUGGAAAGGUGCUGUGCAGUAGGAAAUGUCAUGUGUGAAUCUCUGGAUCUUCUUCCAGGGUGCCUUAUCUAGAAGUUUAAACCAGAUCUGCCUACUAUGCAUAUGACCCCAAAACUCAGCCUACAUAAGUGCUCCUCUGUGCUCACACUGGAGAGAGGCACCUUUGACAGGGUCAGCAGUGUGGAAGGAUCUGCUUUCUUUCCUGUAGAAUUGACAUUAACUGUAGAAUCUGUCUUCUAUACCAUGAGACUGGUAUAGAGUCAGAUCCGUUGCUUUUAAAUAGAGCAGAGCCUUUCCAGCAACUGAGGUGGUAAUGCAUACAGCAGGGAAUGGUUUGGAAUCAAGAUCCAGAGCAGUGGGUAGCUGGGUGCUUCCACUCCCCGAGUCUGUGUGAAUGCAGCUUCUGGCAUCCAGCAAAUACCAGCAGCGUGUCAUCCUGACAUGGAGGAGCACGAGCUCAGGGUCUUUGGGGAAAAGUGAGUGAGACCUGUUCUUGCUCAUUCAUCUCUUUCACUGACAGGUACAGACCUAGAAUAAAACUGCACAUCAUGAUUUAAUCCAGCCUAGAGAUGUAAGGACAGCUGUUUCCAGGAAAACAGGGAAAAUUUUUGUUGCUGAAGCCAGGUUCUGGACAGCUAGGAAGGAUGUACAAUCAACUCUUAAAUAAAGUUUACUUUAUUAGUAGCUCAGUUACAACCACUAGUGCCUCAGAGGGAAAAUUAGCUGCAUACCAGCCUUGGGUGGUGGUAAAAUAAACUGUCACAGCCCAAAGACUCUCUUCCACUUGAUUUGUAUUAAAUUUUAGCUUUUUGAA